AUGUUUUGGCUUGCAAAAACAUCAAGCUUAUUUUGCGCUCAGUUCUCAUCAUGGGGUCAUAGUACUUUGCCCUUUAGCAAGCUUAAAGAAGAAGGGUUUUUGGAGAAUAACAAACUGGUCCUUAAAGUCCAUGUAAAAGUCCUUGAAGUUGUUCAUCAAGGAAAAACAACUGAGAAUGAGAUGUUUGAAACCAGAGGAUUCGAGGUUCUUUUUACUCAGGUUGCUUCUGUAUGCUCGCUUUUCACCAAGCACCCGGACAUUGCAGUAGAUUUCAGACCAAAGGCCAAAGGAGCUGAGCUAAAUAACGCUCAGAGCGAGUUGAACGAGCUAACAGAAGUGGGCUUCAAGCUGGAUUGGUUAAAGACAAAGCUUGAGGAGGUUUCCUUGGAGAGGAAGAAUGCACUGGCUGAAGGUUCUCCGGUCGGAGAGUUGGAGGAACGCAUCAAGAAUCUGGAGCUGACUUUGUGGGAUCUCAAAGUUGAGCUGAAAAGUGAGAAGGCCAAAUCUGCUGCUCCUGCUAAACUUUUGUCGUUUAACGACAUUCUUUGA